GGCGGAGUGGACAACCUAAAUAUUUGUGAGUAGCGGGCAGCUGCGCCAGAAACAAAACAGAAACGUCUGUCAGUAAUGCUGGGGCGAAAUAUUUUCCAUUUAUGAAUCAGGAUGGCCUCAUUCGGCUGGAAACGUAAGGUGGGGGAGAGAGUUUCUAAGGCGACGGUGCAGCAGUUUGAGCAGGACUCGGAGCAGGCAGUUGAUGAUGAGGUGGAGAAGGAGGGAGUUGAUUGGCUGCAUGUGAUCAAACGGCGGCGAGAGGUGCUGCUGGAGGAUUGUGCUGCUAAGAGCAAGAGACUCAAGGACGAGGGUGCACUACUCGCCGAGCAGGGCAGGAACUGGGAGGCAUUAAAGAGAUGGGACGAGGCCCUUCAGCUCACACCAGAUGAUGCUGUGUUAUAUGAAAUGAAGUCACAGGUGUUGAUCAUCCUUCAAGAAGUGUUCUUGGCUGUGCAGUCUGCGGAGAUGGCAACCGGACUCCGCCCCCUCUGGUGGGAGGCGUGGCAAACUCUGGGUCGCGCCCAACUAAGUCUUGGUGAAGUGGAGCUAGCUGUGCGGUCCUUUCAAGUUGCAGUGCACCUUUAUCCAUCCCAGUUUGCCCUCUGGGAAGAGGACUUAAACUGGGCUUUACAACUCCAGGAGCAGAAACGAGCCAUCCGCCAAAGAGCCACACAGGAAGAUGAAGCCCGGCGGCUCAUUGUGGAAGCUCCUGAGCUGAAGAGAGAUUAUAAUUUUGAAAGUGAUGAAGUAAUUGAGGCCUGCUCAGCCAUGGCUGAGAGACAGAAACAAUACGAGGACUUAAAGAAAACGGCAGUUGUUGUGAAUGCACAGGGAGUGGCCAAGGAGGUGGUUGUCGAGGAUGACAACAGACCCACUUCCUCAUCACAAAGUGUUUUGGUGAAGGCACGAGGACUCUGAGAGAAAUAGAUAUGUUUUUGUCUCUUCUGUGUAUAUUGUUUAGAGUAUGUAAAUACUGUUGAUUUGAUCCUCCAACGUUCUGAUUGGCUUUCUUAUAGUGUAUAAUACAUUUAAAGUUGCCAGUGAAUUUGUAGUGUGCUGUUUUUUGUUUUGAAGUGGGAUUUUCUUUUUCUUUUUUCAUUUUUUUUUUUUUUUGCAGAAGAUGAUGAUAAUGGAAAAAGUGUUUAGUAAAUUAUAUUUAGUUCCCGUAGAGUACUGCAGGAUAACAUUUUGUCAUAAUAGCUCAAAGAACUAGUAAGCAGCCAUUAAUUUGGUUCAGAUGUGAAAUAAAUCGAGUUUUUGUCCCUCUUCUGUGUGUAUUGUUUAGCGUUAAUGUGUUUGGACUGUUUGGAUUGAUACUUUGUUCCUCUUCUGUGUGUAUUGUUUAGCGUUAUUGUGUUUGGAUUGAUACUCCAGGUUUCUGAUUAGCUUUAGUGUAGUGUUUAAAACAGUUACUGUUGGUGGUGAGCUUAUAUUGUGAGUACCAGAUAAAAAUGCUUACUGUGUGGACCAUUUUCACUCAAACAGAGCAUAAAUUCCUUCCUUUUACUGAUGCAUCAACUGCUGUUCCAUUUAAAUACAGAUUGCCUUUUAAGUUCCCACAAAAGCAGAACAAUCCCCUCUUAAUGUACGCUUCUGAUUAGGAAUGUCAUAAUUCGCAGUCAGCUUCGUUGCAGUUCUGUUUUAAAUAUCAACCUCCUCUGGGAACUGGAGCGGUAUUAAAGCAGUAUGAAACUCUGCUCUGCCAAUACCGAGCGGGAAAAGCAAACUACUGUAUACACCCACACACAACAUAAACAGAAUUGGAUCACUUUUGCUCUGUUACCUAGCAGGGUUGUCUGUGUUGGGAUAGUGAAACUAGUAAGAGAUAAAGAGAAUUUUAAUGCAGUAAUUGGGUUAGGCUAGGAGCUGAAGAGCAUGCAGCAGCGGAGAGAGGUCAUGCAGACCACAUAGAGAAGUUAUUUAGCCUAUGCAGUAGUGAGAGAUAGAAUAAAUUGACUAUUUGUCAUUGUAGAGAUAUAUGAUGGACAUAGAAAGCAGACUGCCUCUAAGUUGCUUAGUUGUCCAUAAAAAUAAAUGUUUACUACACUG